AGUGCUGCCAACACAGCGAAUUGAUAUCGAUGUGUUGUAUUGCCACAGCAAAUUUGCUUGCUUUGGUUGAACGCGCGAAAACAAUUCGCCCUUUUGUAGAUGUCAACACAUAAGUUCAUGUACCAGAUCAUACAUUCACUCUAUGAAGAAAAAAACGUAUUUCCCUAUCCGCUUUGACCAUCACAAAAAAAAACGUUUAUUUGAAAAAAAUUGUUUAGUUGAAAAAAAAAAAUUAUCAAAAAAAAGUUUUGCAAUAAAAGAGCGAUUUGACAAAAAAAUCAAAAUAGUACGAAUGUCCGUUUACAAUGAACAUUGAUUCCGAACUGAUCAACAGUGUGGCAUUUGCGAGCCUUACAACCAAUUUCACUGACCAAUCGAAAAGUACUGUCUAUGUUUACCCAAUGGACUCCAAUGCACACAAUGAGACUGGAGACGAAAAUACAACAAUAAGUGCUGAACCUGCAUCAAAACGAAAGAACGAAAGUCUAGACGAAAUUCAUGAGGUUUCCGAACCAAAAAGACACAGACAAGAAACGCCAUCAGUUGAAUUGAUUGAUCCGAACGUAGCUCAAUUUGACACAAUGGAGCAUGAUGUUGGUAUGAUUGUCCAAUCAGUCAGCCCAAUUGAUGAGUGGAAGGUGAAAAAUUAUGAACUUCUUAGUGAACACCAAUUCACAACAGAUCGUGAACAAAAUGUUGACCGUAUCAAAUUCAUAUUGCAAACAAUGGACAACAAAAGCGUUGAAGUAUGUGUGUCGAGAAAUAUGAUCCUUCGGAUCAAUUUGGACAAUCGCCUCUCGUAUCAAUCGAGGUUUACUUGCGAGCUGGCAUCAGCUGUAUUGCAAGCGCUAUUAAAUCAGCUUCAAACAAUGACAAUGGCCGAGUUUCGAUUUCACAUGUCUCAGGCAUUUAGUUCUGAGAAUAGGAAACUCGCAAAACCGGGUAGUACACGCCAAAAGCCAAUAUUCACCAACGAUGCGAAAUUGGAAAAUGUUGAAGUCCUCAUGAAAGCCAAAUUCAAUCUUUGCGAACAAUUGGAAGCAGAAUUCAAUUCAAUUGUCCAUACCAAGGUGAAGGAUGAUUGUAUUCAUUUUAUAUGGGAGCCAAAAGAAGUGUCCAAACGAGUUGUUAUCACGAAGAAAAUUGUGAUUCGAAUAAGCUUACCGGUAUUCAAUUUGGAAUACCAAAUUAAGCUGACAGACAAAAUUUCGCCAACUGAUUUGCGAAACUUGUUAAAGUUCGUAGAUCAAAGUGGAGAAGAAGAAUGGCGCGAUUUUAGUAAAAGUGCCAGUAGAGAUAAAAUAGUUCACAGCGUUGAAAACAACAUUGUCGUUGAUUUGUGUAAAAGUUCUGAGGAAAGAGCCGAAAAUCAGCCCGGAAAUUUGCCAUCAAAUGAACCAGAGCCUUUUUAUGUGAGAUGCCGGCGAGAAAUGACAGUUGCCAAUCCACAAUGGAAGAACAAUGUCAAAGAACACAGACCAAAUGACCAGAGUAAAAUGCCGGAACUCACUCAAAGUAUGCUGAAAGAAACGUUGGACAAAAUGUGGUCUGAAAUGGAAAAGUAUGUUUCGACCGACGAUGAACUAGUACGUUCGCUUAGAUUUCCUUCAAUCAAUUAUGAUGUCAUGAACGAAUUGCGAUGGUGGACCAAGGGAUCAUCAGCAUUUUUGGGUGAUAAAAUCAUCAACGCGUACCUCAAAUUGAUAUGUGAACGCAGUAGCAAAGGCAAUGGAUUGCCAAAGGUUUAUGCAAUGGACACCUACUUCCUGCCAGAGCUUCACAGAGAUGGCAAAUACAACUAUGACCACGUUCGUGAGUCAACAAGCGAUACGGAUAUCUUCACUUGUGAUAUAAUACUGGUCCCUGUUCAUAUUUCUGGAGGAACUGACGGCGGUCAUUGGUGCAUGGCAAUCAUUGACAUGAGAUAUAGAACCAUCAAAUACUACAACUCGAUUGGUGCACCGAACGAUGCAGUUCUAACCAGCUUGCUCCAAUAUUUGAAAGAUGAAUAUCGCGACAAGAAAAGAGAAGAGUUCGAUAUGAGCGGUUGGCAAAAGGAAAAUGUGCUGGGUUUAAAUAUCCCACAGCAAGAUAACGGAUAUGACUGUGGCGUGUUUAGUUGCAUGUAUGCAGAAUUUAUAACACGCAAUCAAUCACUCAACCGUGAUUCAUUUUCACAAAAUGACAUGAUCUACUUUCGAAAGAAGAUGACAUAUGAACUUUGUAUGACACAAGAACUGCUAGCUUACUAGCGAAUUUUUUAAAACUUUAAGAAGAAAAAAGUAUAAAGAACCAGAAGUUUAUUAAGACAAUGUGCGUAUAAGUUAACAGCUGAAAAAAACGACGAUGAUAGCAGAAUCCAAAAAUUGUAUAUGAUUGCUAACUUACACUCUUAAGUGAUGUAUUACACUUGUUUAUUUAUUAUUAUUAUUUUAUUAGGUAAUUUAUUUUUUUUAUUGUAAAUUUCUGUGAUUGCCAUGCCUGCCCGAAUAAAAUAAGCAGUUUUUAGAAUCAUGUUCUUGUGAAAAUA